UCUCCCCUCUCGGCUGCCAGGGAACCGGUUCCCUCUGAGCCGCGCAGACAGGACCCCGAGCCAGGCGGAGCUCCUUUGCACUUGUCAGGGAUGAAUCCGCCCCCGCGCCGCGACGGAAGACUGCACACUAGGUGGAGAAGAGACGCGCAGCCCGUGAGACGGGUGCGGGUGGAAAAGUUUACAGAAGCAAAUCGCCAGCCGCCCGACUCCGGCAGGCUCCAUUCGCUGACCCAAAGCUGGGUUUACCUUCUUAGCCGGAUUUAAAUAUUGAGGACUGUUUCGGAACGAGAAGCAGGGGAAACACUCUCUGCUUGGCUGCCGCGGGCCCCGCGAAGCGAGACCACCUGUGAGGGCUGCUGAGAUUGGCGGAGGCGAUCAUGUGGGCGGUCACGUGCUGCGGCGACCUCCGUCCAAAAGAAAAUGGGGUUUGGUGUAAAUCUGGGGGUGUAAUGUUAUCAUAUAUCACGCUACCUCGUAAAACCGACACUGAAAGCUGCCGGACAACAAAUCACAGGUCAAAAUUAUGAGUUCUUCGUAUUAUGUGAACGCGCUUUUUAGCAAAUAUACUGCGGGGGCUUCUCUAUUCCAAAAUGCCGAGCCGACUUCUUGCUCCUUUGCGCCCAGCUCGCAGAGAAGCGGCUACGGGGCGGGCGCUGGCGCCUUCCCUUCGACCGUACCGGGCUUGUACAAUGUCAACAGCCCCCUCUAUCAGAGCCCCUUCGCGUCCGGCUACGGCCUGGGUGCUGACGCCUACGGCAACCUGCCCUGCGCCUCCUACGACCAAAACAUCCCGGGGCUCUGCAGUGACCUUGCCAAAGGCGCCUGCGACAAGGCAGACGAAGGCGCGCUGCACGGCUCGGCCGAGGCCAAUUUCCGUAUCUAUCCUUGGAUGCGGUCUUCAGGGCCGGACCGAAAGCGGGGCCGCCAGACCUACACGCGCUACCAGACGCUGGAGCUGGAGAAGGAGUUCCACUUCAACCGCUACCUGACGCGGCGCCGCCGCAUCGAGAUCGCCCACGCGCUCUGCCUCACCGAGCGCCAGAUCAAGAUCUGGUUCCAGAACCGCCGCAUGAAGUGGAAGAAGGAGCAUAAGGAUGAGGCUCCGGCCGCUUCCGCCGCCCCCGAGGGUGCCGUGCCCGCCGCCGCUGCAGCCGCCACCGCCGACAAGGCCGACGAGGAGGACGACGAGGAGGAUGACGACGACGAGGAGGAGGAGGAGGAGGAGGAGGAAUGAGGGCUGGAGCCAGGGCCCUGGCUGCACCAGACAGUCGGGAAAGUGUCUUUAGAGACUGAUUUUAUUUACAAAAGUGGAAAAAAAUAAAAAGAAAAUGUUAAAAAGAAAAACACCCCAGUCCCCAACUUGCACCCAAUCUACCCCAUUACCCGCUCCGGCUCCCAGCUUAUUUGGACUGAGCAGCCACCUAGACUGGGGCCCCUUGGGGAUCCCCUCUGCCUUCGAGGACCACCCCCGAACAGACACCCCCAACCCCAGUCCCACCAGCUUUGCUCUGGCACGGUUAAAAUACUACCUAGCACAGGCCUCGGGGAGAGGCACCCCCAAACUACCUAUGGGCCCAGCCCCAGAGGGCCUCCACUCCCAGGAAGCCCAGACACGUCCCAACACUGUCAGACACCCAACACCUCCCCCAUACCCGCAAGGACCUGACUCUCAGUACUACCUACUCGCCCCAAACUACCUAUUUUGUGCUGGCUGGCUCGCCUGCUACCUAGUGCCGAACCCUCCCCCCUCCACAGCCAGGCCGCUGCUGCUUCCGGGCUAGCAGUCUUUGGGGUCUCUGAGGCUGUGCUGAGAAGGCACUGGUGUCCGGGGACCAGGGCAUUGGCUUCUAUUUAAAUGGAAAAAUAAUAUAUUUAUUCCAAAGCAUUCUAAGUGUUGCAAUCUAGAAUCCCUCCUUCUUUGACCUGGGCACCCCAUGUUCAGGCCCAUCACCCCCUAUUUCUGGAAGGGAGCAUUCUCAAGCUAGCUGAAGGCCUCUGGGUUCGCAGAGAUGCUCCCAGCCUCCCUGCCCCUCCCCUGGCCCCUGUGUCCUGCUGUCCAGCCAUGUUGAAUAUGUACACCCUGACUUUUCCUACAAUGGCAAAUAUUGUAUAUUUGAACAAGAUUUUUUUUGUCAUUUAUAUAGUCUUGGAGCUCAUUUGUAAGGCAAUGUCCUGACUUGGGAAGGAUGUGUUAAUGGGGUGACUUUGUAGCAUGGUGUGUUGUCUUGACCCAACUCUAUAGCGUGUGGGGAGGGCAGCCCUCCCCAGCGCCCUCCAUCUCCUGUGUUGUCCUGUGUCCCCCUCAUCCCUCUUGGCUCUAGCCUGGGCUUCCAGGAACAGGAAGGUACACUUCCUGUCUUGCCCAGUGAACAGUGUUUUAUGUAACAGAAAAAUAAAGAUGCUCGAUGACA